AUGCGUCCCAGCAAUGUUGUUCAGAGCGGUAUGCCCUCCGGUCCCAAGUGGAUCGGCUGGUGGGGUGCGUUUGGUGGCCCGACCCAGAAGGGUAUUAUCACCUACUCGGUUUCGCCGUUCCAGCAGCAGCCUUUCGCUGGUGUGGUGAAGGGCUACUUCUUCAACGGUUUCCGCCGUGCUUGCAAGCAGCUGCCAUACUCGGGCAUUCCCUUCGUGGUGGGUUACCUUAUCUACUCGUGGGGCAACAAGGAGUACGCCUACGUGAACUCGAAGGCUGGUCACCUCGCUCAUGGUGGACACUAA